AUGGCUGAGCAACUCACAUUUCCAGCCGAAUCAGCGGCUCUCCUCGAGCCUCGUCUCCCACCACAGCUGGAUGCCGAGGAUGCCUCGAGAUCACGCCCCUUUGUCACGUUAACCUUUGCAACUUCACUCGAUUCCAGCUUGUCACUGGCGCCUGGAGUCCGCACUCGCCUCUCCGGCCCGGGCUCAAAAGCCAUGACCCACUACCUACGGACCCGGCACGCAGCUAUUCUUGUGGGCGUCUCUACGGUGUUGGCAGAUGAUCCGGCUCUCAACUGCCGGAUCGCAGGGGCUCCUCGCCAGCCUCGUCCGAUAAUCAUUGACGCCAACCUUCGAUGGACGCCGCGCCGCUCUGACAAGGUCUUUGAGGUGUGUCGGAGCGGUGCCGGACUUGCUCCUUUUGUCCUCACGGGCAUAGAGGCUUCAAGCCUGCCUGCUGCAAGCGUUGAGCUGCUUCAUGAGCACGGAGGCAAAUACAUCCAUGUGCCCUCUACCCGCUCCGAAGCAACUGGCCGGCUACGAUUCAGCUGGGACGACAUUCUCGCCGCCCUCCAAGCGGAAAACCUGUCCAGCGUCAUGGUCGAGGGUGGCGGCCAGAUUAUCAAUUCGCUCCUCGAACCUGCUUACCACAACCUGAUCGACUCGGUCAUUGUGACGAUUGCGCCGACAUGGCUGGGGCAAGGCGGCGUAGUUGUAUCUCCAGACCGAGUCACCGACUCGGCGGGAGUUCCUCUCCCGGUUGCGAGGCUCUCGCAUGUGUCAUGGCACCCAUUCGGCGAGGACGUUGUCCUGUGUGGCACGCUCCGGGAGUAG